AACAUUUUUUUCAGUGUGUAUGAGUUUAUUAAUUAACCUUUUCGAGACGGGUCAUGGGUGAAAAGCCAUGUCAUCAGAUAGUGUCACCUUGAUCAACAGAAAAUCCCUUCACCUCACUGCAGUUGAAAGCUCUCGUAUUUCAUAUUUUCUUGCUAUUCAUCGUAACCAUGACAAGUUCAGUGCGAAAAUUAUCAACAUCUGGUGAUUCUCUUUAUCAAAUUCUGGGACUUCCAAAAACAGCCACGCAAAGUGAUGUAAAAAAGACUUACAGGAAAUUAGCUUUAAAGUACCACCCAGACAAAAAUGAAGGUAAUCCAGAUGCUGCUGAAAUAUUUAAAGAGAUCAACAGGGCCAAUUCUAUCCUCAGUGAUCUUGCCAAAAGAAAUAUCUAUGAUAAUUAUGGAUCCCUUGGCUUGUAUAUUGCAGAACAUUUUGGAGAAGAAAAUGUUAAUACUUACUUCAUUUUCACAAGCUGGUGGUGUAAGGCAUUGUUUGUCUUCUGUGGAGUCAUUACUGGCUGCUACCUUUGUUGUUGCUUUUGCUGCUGUUGUAAUUUCUGCUGUGGCAAAUGCAAACCACGACCUCCAGAAGAUACAGGAUAUUACCAUAACUUGAAGGAAGAGUUUAGUGAAGAAGAAAGUAUUCCCUCUUCUCCAGUGAAAUCUCAGCCUGUAGGAAGUGAGAACACUUCUAUUCCAGUGCCAGAUCCUGAAACUGAUUGGAGCUUCUCAGAAAAAACAACUCUUCGUUCUUCUCAGCACUCAACAUACAGGACUGAACAAAAUUCAUCUAUACAGGCUACAACUACAGGCUUUCCUGAUCAUUCAAAGGAAGUUCAUCCUCCUUUGAACUUCAAUUCAUGACCACUAAAAAACUAGACUUGUACAUACCUAGUAUUCAGUGGUCAUUCAUAUUUCUUUUAUUAUCUAUUUUUGAACUUGUAAGGUCAUUAUCAGGAUCUAGUCAAUUUUUAGUUGAUUUUACUUUACACCUAUUUAAAAUGUGUAUAUUUAGGAACAGUUUAUUAGUUUUUUACAUUUAGGAAAUAUAUUAGCUUUAAUCGUAAAUGUGUGUAUGUGUGUUUUUAUAUAUAUAUAUAUAUAUAUAUAUAACACACACACACACACACACACACACACACACACACACACACAUCUCAAAAAUAAAUAGACAACAUGAUGUUUUUCAAUAGUCAUUUAUCUCACAUUAUCAACUUGAUAAAAAUGUUUACAAAUGUGCAUCAGUACUUAGUCGAUUUGCCACUAGCAUUUUUCAGUGCUUUGACUCAUUCUGGCAUGGAAUCGACGAGUUCUGUAAUUUUCUCCUGUAUGAUCUUGACCCAGGCUGCACACAAAACAUCAAGUAGCUCUCCACAGGAUGCUGGUUUUCUGAAACUUCUUCUCACUGCUCGAGCAGGUAUGGCCCAGACAUGCUCGAUGGGGUUCAUAUCAGGUGACUGACUUGGCCAUGGGAGCCGUAGGAUGCCUUUCUUGAUUAAAUGACUAUUGAAUAAAACAUCAUGGUGUCUAUUUACUUUUGAGAUGUCUCUGUAUAUAUGUUUAUUUACACAAACACAUAUAUGAGUGUAAAUGUAGUCAUAAUUUGUAUAGCUGUUUUUAAAAACUAAUAAUUUUUUCAAAGAACAAUUAAGGCUUGAACUGUGUUAAAACUUUAUCUUAGUAUUGCUUUAUUCAGGUGGCAGAAAAAAAAUUAUUCAGCUAGUUUAUGUAAGUAAAUUUAUUUUAAAGUUAAGUUUUAUUAUGAUUGUUGGUUCUUUAUUCUUUUUCCAAUUUUGAUAGCAACAAAGUCAGUCAUACAGAGAAAAAUAUAAUUCAGAUGUUGUCAAAUCACUAUGUAAUACAAUAACAUUAUGAAGUUGGUUAAAGUUAUGUGCUAAAAUCAUUUUGUAAUAAUUUUGAAAUAUGUGGUGAUAUUCCUAAUAAAUUAUGCUUACAAUAUGUUAGAAUUUAAGAAAUGUGAUUACACAAAGAGAGAUGAAAACAUUGAAGUGGUAAAUUUUAUAUAUCAUUUCAGAUCAUUAAGCCGAAAUCUGCUUAUACUAAAUAAACCAAAGCUUAAAAAGAAAAUACAAACUUCAAUAAGACUAAUGAAUGUUUAGCAUUGUUUCCAUGAAAUCCUAGAAGGUGACCUACUCAACAGGAAGGCAUCAUGAAAGCAUGUCUUUUAUUUUAAUUUUGCUUUUUUUAAUUAUUAGACAGUUUUUAUUGGCUGUAUAGAAAAGCUGUCAGAAGGAAAUAAUCAAAUAAGAGCAAUAAACCUAACAGGAAUAUGUCAUGUUGUAAAGUGGACUGUCCUAGGUCUGUAAUUCUGCUAUAUAAAAUUAAAGGAAUGCCAUUCCUUUUCUGAUAUACAAUGUUUUGUGUGAAAAUAUAACUAACUUGUUUCUUGCCUCGUUUGAAAUAUGAGAAUGUUAAUAUUAAUUUAGUGGAAUCCUGAAAAGGUAAACAAAAUUAAGCUGUAAAUAUUGUAAACAAACAGCAGGUAAUCAUGCAAAAUACCAGUUACACUCAGCUUGAAUUACAUGACUUCUUGACAGUUUAAAAUCUCCUGUUCAUUGUAUUGUUGCACACUUGUCACAAGAAGCCACUACAGUUCUCUCUGUGAGUGAGAACUUUAUUAUAUUUUGAAAAUCAGUGAAAUAAGGUAGUUUUUUGAUGUUUUUGUAAAACAGUAACAAAGUUUUUAAAGUCUCUCUGAUUCCUUUUUCAUCACUAACCAAUAGUAAGUAAUAAAUAAGUUACUUUCUUUCAGUGUACACUCAAAUAGAUUUUGAUACAGUUAAUCUGAACAAUCGGAGUUCAGUAGUUUCUUUUUUCACCUUACAUGCUUUGCUUUUGCUUUAUUAUUUAUUGAUAAUGUAAAACACUAUUUAGUAAAAUAAUGUAUAAAUAAGAUAUCAAAAUAAUGCUAGUCCCUCUUACGUAAGAGAAGCUAAAAGCCCAGUUAACUAUAAUUUCACAAACUUAUUCUAGCACCCUCAACUUUUUUUUUAAUUCCAUCCAAACCCUUUUCAAAGCAUACAAGUUGAACUAGUAGCAUAUUUGUAGGUUGAUUUAUCAUAAGAACAUUAAAUUUUUCUUGAUUAAGCUUGACUGUAACUUCAUUUUCACAAUUAUGAGAUUUUGACCUACUCUCACAUAAUCAGUGACUUUUAUGAAUAAAAAAAGAUUAAUUUUAGUGUUGUUUUUUAAAUCCUGUUUUGUUGUAUUUUGUACUUUCACUGCAGUAUGGUAGAAUUAUAGGGAAGCAGAGACAUUAUUUUCUUAGACUAUAUAGUUAGCAAAGAAAACUUAAUUAUUUAAAUGAGUGGUUUCUCUCUCUCUCUCUUUCUGGAAAAAACAGUGUUGAUGAGGAAAUAUUCUGUUUAAAUUUUUUGCAUUUUUAAAUAAUGAAAUAUUUGAAUGGAAAUGCUGUUUUGACUAUAAACACUUCAGUCGGCAAACGUCUGACAGUACAGUGAUAUAUUUAACUUAAACAUUCAGCUGGAUGCUGAAAUUAAUUAGCUUUUAUUUAUAUGGAAACCCAUUCAUCAAAAGUUUUUCAGUGUAUAUUUUAUAUAGCUCAUGUUUGAAAUGUUUUUUGGUUGAGUUGUAUUUUACUUUAAUUAAUGUGAUUAAUAACCUUACUAGGUUGACUCAGAAUAGUGUUAACAGAAUUGAAGGUUUGUAUUGUGCGAGUUAAGCUACCAGUUUAUGUACGUAUAGUGUUGAUGUACAUAGAAUUUUUAGUUAUUUAAUAUUUUGUUUUUGAACAGAAAUUGUUUAACUGGUAUUUUGUGAGUACUAAACCAUACUGAAAAAAUAAAAAAUAUUUCAGAAAAACUGUUUGAUUUUAUUGUAUGUGACAGUCAUAAGAAUUGAAUCUUUUAAAUUCUCCUUCUUGUGCAUGUGAAUAAGUAUCCAGUUUUAACAAGAUGAGAAUAUAAUUUGCACAAAAAGUAUACAGUAUCUGUUCAUGUAUAUUUUGUAAAGUUUACUUUAAAAAUUUAAUUUCAGAUGUUAGAAUAGAAAUCAUGAAUAUGUAUAUAUGUGUGUUUGUAUAAAUAUGACUGAUCUCUAUUAUAAAAAUAUAGCCCAUCAGAAAAGUUGGCUAAGUAUAGUAUUAGUGUUCAAGAAGUUUUAGCUGUUGUUGUUAUUGGAUGUGUUUUAAAACAGUUCUGCUUAUGAAUGAUAUACAAAUGUAACCUAUCAAAGCAGAUUUUCUGUUAAUGAUGUAAAAUAUUAAGAUUAUGUUGAUAGAUGAAAUUUAUGACAAUGUUUUGGUUCUAUUUAUAUGUGCAGAAUUCUGUUUAUAUUAUUUUUAUUUUUAAAUGAAAAACCAUUCCUUUUAUGAGUUGUUAAUUUUUAUAAAGUUAUUAGUUUUGUAUGAUUCUUUGAUAUACAUAUAUAUGUGGAAAAAAUAUACUAAUACUACUACUAGAAAUGCUUUAAAAGUACAGAUACAAUUAUCAGGGUUACUGUUCACAAAAGCCCUUAUCUACUACUUUACUAAGCUUACUUGAUGUAUAGUUCUAGUUAAUAUAAAGCUAUGAGCUAGAUAUGAGCUCUAAAUAAAUUUUUUAUAUAUUUUGUUUUAGUUAAAUGGUAGAUUUUUUCUCUAAUGAAAGUUACUUCAAAAUUCAUUGGUAUGUAUAAAGACCUUUUAGACCUUGCUGUGACAAAAUAAAAUUUUUGAAUAUCUAAACAUUUAUUGAGCAGACUUGAGAGUUUUAAUAGUACAAGAUUUAUCUUUUUUCUGUCCAUUUUCAAAAGAUGAAGUUUGAACUGAUUCUUGCUAGAAACUCGUGUGUAAAGUGUAUCCAUGCUCAUACAAAACUACAUGAAUAGACAGUUGUCACUUUAACUGUAAGAAAUGCUUUCCUCUUGCUUAUUCACAAUUUUGUAUGUUUCUCUAAUGACUAUGUGCAUUCUUCUUUUGUUAUUAUUGUUAAAAGGCCACAUGAAAUUAGAAACAUGUUUAAGCACACUUCUUUUAUUAACUGCUGUUAAUGCAUUUUUUAAAACUUGAUAAUUAGUAUUUUAUUAACUAGAAAGAACUACAGAAAUCUUAAUGUGAGAGGGUAAUUAGGAAUUUCAUUUUAAAGAGCCUGGAAGUCAUGUAAAUUUGAAAUUGUGUCCUAACAGAUGUUUUCUCUUAGGCUUUAGUGCAGUCUCUGAGUUAAUAGAACUUUGCUUGUGAAAACCUUGUUUUUUUCCUGAGGUAUUAGAAAUGUAGCUCAAUAUAACCAUCCUUUGAGACAGUCAUUACCCUUCUCAAAUUUACACAUUAGCUUCUAUAUAGACAUAAAUUUAAUGUGUUUUUGUGUUAUGUAUUGUACUAAAUACUAAAAUAAAGUAUAAAUGUCAUUGUACA